AUGGGUAUCGUCGAAAAAAUACAAGAAAUUGAGCAUGAAAUCAAUAGGACACAAAAAAAUAAAGCUACGGAGCAUCAUUUGGGUUUGCUGAAAGCGAAACUUGCCAAAUAUCGCCAGCAGUUGCUCGAACCAACGACAAAAGGUAGCACAAGUAAAGGUGAUGGCUUCGAUGUGAUGAAGAGUGGUGACGCCAGGGUAGCUAUGGUUGGUUUUCCAUCUGUUGGUAAGUCGACGUUACUCUCUUCGCUUACUACUACAGAGAGUGCUGCAGCUUCAUAUGAGUUUACUACACUUACGUGUAUACCAGGAGUUAUAGAAUAUGAAGGAGCUAAUAUACAGUUACUUGAUUUACCUGGUAUAAUUGAAGGAGCCUCACAGGGCAAAGGUCGAGGAAGGCAAGUUAUUGCGGUUGCAAAAACAGCGGAUUUAAUUAUAAUGAUGUUGGAUGCGGAGAAAGGUGAAGUUCAGAAGACACUUCUUUCUCGAGAAUUAGAGUCAGUUGGAAUUCGUUUAAAUAAGCAACCUCCACUGAUUUAUUUGAAACGAAAGAAAGUUGGCGGAGUGAAGUUCACGCAUACAGUACCUUUAACAUUUUGCAGUGAAAAGGUAGUGAUGACUAUAUUACACGAAUAUAAGAUUUUCAAUGCUGAUGUCGUUUUCAGAGAUGACUGCACGGUGGACGAAUUCAUUGAUGUAAUUCAAGGAAAUCGAGUGUAUAUUCCAUGCCUUUACGUGUAUAACAAGAUCGAUCAAAUCAGCAUAGAAGAAGUCGAUAGAUUAGCUCGUCUGAAGCACUCUAUAGUCAUUAGUUGUGAAAUGAAAUUGAAUAUGGAUUACAUGGUAGAAAAGAUUUGGGAAUAUCUUGCUCUAAUCAGAAUUUACACCAAAAAACCUGGAAAUGCACCUGAUAUAGGGCCAGAAGAUGGUGUCAUUUUACGUCGCGGUGCGACAGUUGAACAUGCAUGUCACGCUUUACAUCGUAAUCUUGCCUCAGCUUUUCGUUAUGCCAUUGUCUGGGGUACCAGUACAAAGUUUUCACCGCAGCGUGUAGGCAUUCAUCAUAAGCUUCAUCAUGAAGACGUAUUGCAAAUUGUUAAAAAGUAG